AAAUGAGUACAGAAGCAGAACAACAACUUCUCCAUAAUGCCAGAAAUGGCAACACUGAGGAAGUUAGGAAGAUCUUAGAAACCAUGGAGCGAAAGGAGGUGAUUGCUAAUAUUAAUUGCAAAGGGAGAAGUAAAUCUAAUUUGGGCUGGACUCCUCUUCAUUUGGCAUGCUAUUUUGGACAUGGACAAGUGGUACAGGAUUUGUUGAAGGCUGGUGCAGAAGUAAAUGUGUUAAAUGAUAUGGGAGACACUCCACUUCAUCGUGCAGCAUUUACAGGACGAAAGGAAUUGGUAAUGCUUCUCUUAGAACAUAAUGCUGAUGCUGCUGUUGUGAAUGGAAGUGGACAGACAGCAAAAGAAGUUACUCAUGACAAAGAAAUAAGAAACAUGCUUGAAGCUGUAGAAAGAACUCAGCAAAGAAAAUUUGAAGAAUUGCUUUUGGAAGCAGCAAGAGAAGGAAACACAGCAGGACUGACCGCAUUGCUCAACAGACCAAAUCCUCCUAAUGUUAACUGUUCUGAUCAGAUGGGAAAUACACCUCUGCACUGUGCAGCCUAUCGUGCCCACAAGCAGUGUGCCUUAAAACUUCUAAAAAGUGGCGCUGACCUCAAUUUAAGAAACAAAAAUGAUCAAAGACCCCUUGACCUAGCCCAAGGUUUAGAAAUGAAAAAUGCACUUGGUGGUAAUAAGGUUGUCUACAAAGUUUUGAAACGAUACGAGGGUCCUCUUUGGAAGAGUUCAAGAUUUUUUGGUUGGAGGCUGUGCUGGGUAGUAUUAGAACAUGGAGUUCUUUCAUGGUAUAGGAAACAGCCUGAUGCAGUGAAUAAUGCUCACCGCCAAGGAUGCAAACAUUUGACUCAAGCUAUAUGUACGGUAAAACCCACUGAUAGCUGCCUUUUCUUUGUUAAAUGCUUUGAUGAUAGUAUGCUUGGUUUCAGAGUUCCUAAGAAUAGCCUUCAACAGUCAAGAGAGAGCUGGCUAGAAGCAAUAGAAGAGCAUUCUGCAUAUAGUACUCACUACUGUUCUCAGGAUCAGCUAAGUGAUGAUGAAGAGGAAGAUGAUGCUGUUUCUACAGUAGAUUUGAGGGAAUCUUUACAGAAAGCACAAGAAUGCCAACAGAGACUAGAUAGAGAGAUUUCCAACUUUUUCAAAAUGAUUAAGGAGUGUGACAUGGCUAAAGAAAUCCUUCCAUCAUUUCUUCAGAAAGUUGAAGCUGUCUCUGAAGCCUCUGGAGAAACUUGUGCAGCUUUGAAUGAUUGUCUUAAUCUCUUCACCAAACAAGAAGGGGUGAGGAAUUUGAAAUUAGAACAGGAGCAAGAGAAAAAUAAAAUCUUAUCAGAAGCAUUAGAGACUCUGGCAACAGAACAUCAUGAAUUAGAGCAGUCUCUGGUUAAAGGAUCUCCACCUCUCAGCAUCCUUAGUGAGGAAGAGUUUUAUGAUGCUCUUUCAGAUUCAGAGUGUGAACAGUCCAUAAGUAGAUUGGAAACAGUAACAGCACGUUCAUUUGACGAGAGGAGAGAACAUUUGAACAAUAGAAAAAGCAGAAUGUCUGAAGGAAAGGAUUGUGGUGGUGGAGAUUCCCUGUCCAACGGCAUCAAAAAACACAGAACAAGCUUGCCCUCUCCAAUGUUUUCCAGAAAUGACUUCAGUAUCUGGAGCAUCCUUAGAAAAUGCAUUGGAAUGGAGCUGUCCAAGAUCACGAUGCCAGUUAUAUUUAAUGAACCCUUGAGCUUCCUACAGAGAUUAACUGAAUAUAUGGAACAUACGUACCUCAUCCACAAGGCCAGUGCACUUUCUGAUGCAGUUGAAAGGAUGCAAUGUGUAGCCGCAUUUGCUGUAUCUGCUGUUGCUUCUCAGUGGGAACGCACCGGGAAGCCUUUCAACCCACUGCUUGGAGAGACAUAUGAAUUAGUCCGAGAUGAUCUUGGAUUCAGACUUAUCUCAGAGCAGGUGAGCCAUCAUCCUCCAGUGAGCGCAUUUCAUGCUGAAGGAUUAAACAAUGACUUUAUCUUUCAUGGAUCAAUUUAUCCCAAACUCAAGUUCUGGGGUAAGAGUGUGGAAGCUGAACCCAAGGGAACCAUCACUUUGGAGCUUCUUGAGCACAAUGAAGCCUAUACAUGGACAAAUCCUACUUGCUGCGUGCAUAACAUUAUUGUGGGUAAACUCUGGAUUGAGCAGUAUGGCAACAUGGAAAUCACAAACCACAAAACUGGGGAGAAAUGUAUAUUAAACUUCAAGCCAUGUGGCCUCUUUGGAAAGGAAUUACACAAAGUUGAAGGCUACAUUCAGGAUAAAAGCAAAAAGAAGCUGCGGGCCCUCUAUGGGAAGUGGACAGAGUGCUUGUACAGCAUUGACCCUGCCACCUUUGAGGCUUGUAAGAAGAAUGACAAGAAGAAUGCAGAUGAGAAGAAAAGCAGCAAACAGAUGGGCACUUCUGAGGAACCGGAUGAAAUGCCACUGCCAGACUCUGAAAGUGUGCACGUCAUCCCGGGAAGUGUUUUGCUCUGGAGGAUAGCUCCAAGGCCUCCCAACUCUGCACAGAUGUAUAAUUUUACUAGCUUUGCUAUGGUUUUGAAUGAAGUCGAUAAAGAAAUGGAGAGUGUGAUUCCUAAGACUGACUGCAGGUUACGACCUGAUAUCAGAGCAAUGGAGAAUGGAGAAAUAGAUCAAGCUAGUGAAGAAAAGAAAAGGCUAGAGGAAAAACAAAGAGCAGCCCGCAAAAAUAGGUCCAAGUCAGAAGAAGACUGGAAAACAAGAAGAAACCCCAUGGAUCAGGGUCCCAGGUGGUUCCACCAAGGGCCCAAUCCCUACAACGGAGCACAGGACUGGCUUUACUCAGGCAGCUACUGGGACAGAAACUACUUUAAUUUGCCUGACAUUUAUUAAAAACGCAGUCAGGACCAUUGGUUAAUCCACAAAUCAGUCUUAAGUCUGUGUUUCUAAAGGAUUUUUUUUCUUUGUUUUUAUUCCUCUUUAAAAAAAAAAAGGAAAGUCUGCCCAUGAAAAUUUGCAUUUCAUACAACUAGUAAUUGGUGGCAUUGGUUCUGAAAGACUUGGGGAAAAGAAUAGUUUUGCUACCUGAAAAUACUCACUUGGGAUACUGUUUUAUAUAAGGGGGAACCUGUUAGAGAAUCUGAUUUUUGUAGCUGUUUCUACCAUGUGUGUUAAAGGAAAUUGCUACUCACACAGAAACUCUAGGUUUGUGGAAAUAAGUUGGAUUCUCAAAGCAGGUUAUAGAGGUAGUUUUUUAUGCAAAUAUGGUAGAUGUAACAAAGGAGUCUUGAGAACACACCCAAAUGUUCAUGUGGUCAAACUUAAAAAAGGAUAUGACAUUUUCUAAAGAUUUACUUCAUUAAUUAAAAAAAUAGCUUUUCUUUCUAUUAAUUCCCUCCUCUUCACCCAUUACCCUGACCUCAAGUCCAGAAUAUUCAGAAUAAUUAUUAUUGAUUUAAAAUUUCUCAAGGAUUAAAAUGGUUAAUAAAUAGGCAAGGUAUUUUAUGUUUACUCACUUCAGUGCAGUGUAUUGAAUUUGCUUUCACCUCCUGUAACCAGUCUGAUUUUAAGGCAUCAAAAAAUAUUUAAAUUAUACAAAUUUGAAUCACAAAUGUAUGCUCCUAAGAAAUUAAUUUUUUGUUAAUUCAUAAAAAUUCACUAGAAAUUGUAGGAUGUUGACCAUCAAAAAAAAAGCCUUUUAAAAUGUCAAGUUCCAUUGGUACAUACCACUGGACAAAUUAAAUUGCACAUGUGUAUGUAUUGUAAGUAUCAAACUAUAUUAAAAAAAAGGAGGUCUUGUGCAUUUCAAGUGUACAAGGCACCCGUGUACUCAAGAUAUGUAUGGAGACCUGUUGUACAGUAGCUUUGCCCCUUUAAUUGGGGUACAUUAAAUCUUGUGGUAUUUAUAUACACAUAUAUAUACAGAAAACAUAUAUAUAUAUAAUAUAUACACACACACACACACACACACACACUAAACUGGGACAUAGCUUAGGAGUGCUUAAGUAGCUCCUGCAAAAUGUUUUAAUUGCUAUCUUAAAGUUAACAGGUGUUAUAAUAAAAAAAUUUAACUGCUGCUAAAUAAAGACUUUAGAACAUUCCAAA